ACACAUUCUUAUCAGCUAAAAUAAUUAUUUAAUUUUAUUAAAUUCCGCACCAUCCGAUACCGAUAUUCCCGCGUUUAUUUAAAUUAUAUUACAAACAUUAUUAUUUUUAAAUUAGUUUUAUUAUUCCGCGGAUUGUGAUCCAUCUAAUAUAUUUAUAGGUGUUGGUAUAUAUUAAAAUAUAUGACUGUGUGCACAAUGUUUUUAAACUUAUCAAGUUGGUAACAAUGAGAUAAAUUCAAUUCGCGGCAACUUUGUAUCGAAUAAUAAAUAAAAUAAUUCCAAUACUUGGAAAUUCUUAGAAUAAUUUCAAGGUCAAUGAUAUUUUAAAAGUAAAUCAUUACUCAUCAAUUAUUAAUUAUGUAAAAAGUUAAUUAUCUAUAAAUUAAUUAAUUCUUGAUAUUAUUUAUUUAAAUUAUUAAAUUUAUUUUAUUCAAAUAAUGGAUGGUAUUAAAAAUAAAAAAUUUGGUGUAACUGACAGCCAAUUUGUACCACGAGUACCAAGUCCACGUCCACCUUUACCCCGCAUGAUGACAUCAAAGCCAAUGAAAUUCAGAACUGUGUCCGCUGGUGAGGAGCCAGACGACUCAAAUAGUUUUGAUGAUGACUCGGAAUCAGACCCUCUAGAUGUUGAUGAGACUGAUGAUGUACAGGCUGAUCCACUGUCUGGUGAUUUACGAAAUUCGCCUAAAAAUAACAGGCGCAUUUUAUCAGAUUCUCUUAAUGAAAAGAGAGAAACUCCAAUCAAGCCAAAAGUUGAAGCAAAAACUAGUCCAAGUUUGCACAAUAAGAAAAACAAUUCAGAGAACAAUAAUUAUUUAAUAUGUGGAAUCAUCCCUACUGUACUUCUGGUUGUUUUGGCGUCUUUUCUGGGUGCACUUGCAGUAUUUUCAAAUGAAAGUGGCACAGAAUCCGAAACCAGUGAAAAUACUUUAUCUGAGGAUGUGAUUAUCAGAAAUUUAGAAAAUAAUAUUGAUAAUAUUAGUUACAAGUUUAAGCAACAGUAUGAUGAUAUUUGGAAUGAUAUAGUUGCUGGUAUUGCCGGAGUUGUAAGACACCCAGACAAACCGGCUAUAAUAUUUUUAUUUUCAAAUCUUGAUAGUCCGAUGACCUGUCUUGCUAAAAUGAUAGGAAAUGCCAGCAAAGCUGCUCUAGGUUCUUCUGAUGAAUUGUGGCUUUCGCCAUCCCAAAUGGGCAACGAUCCUGGUUUCGUUAUUGAUAAAUUUCAUGAUCAAAUAGAGAAACAAAAAAUUGUGAUUGUAGAAAAUUUAUUAGAUAUUGAUCCCGAAGCAAUGAUGGCUUUUCAUCAUCUGUGUGAUCGUGAAACCCCUUUGGUAAAAGAAGCCGUUUUUAUACUCACAAUGGUCGCCAAAGGAUAUGACCAAGACAAACACAAGGCGAUUAAUUUUGUAGAGAAUCAGUUGGAGUUGAAAUUAAAGGGUCAAAUAAAUCCAGAUAAAGUGGAACCAUUGAUCACCAGAAUGACAGAUGGUGUUAUCAUUCCAGUGCAACCGGAACCAGACAUUAAAAGCUGCCCUUUACGUUAUUAAAAAAAUGUAUACGGAGUAUUAUUCAUAUUAUUUUUAUAUUUAAUUAUAUAGACAUUUUAUAGCAUUUAUCAAAUUUAUGAUUUUUUGUACUGCUUGUUACUAAUGAUGUGAAGAAAAAUAAAUAUUUACAAUAAAUUUUUCGAAAUUAUUAAAUUUUUAUUUUCAUCUUUAUAAGAAAUAAUACAAUAAAAGGAACAAACGAAACCUUUACUACAAGGAUUGCUUUAAUUUUUCAAAUUUUCAAUAAUACUUUUAUCUAUUAAUUGUAUUAUUAUUAUUA